AUGGGAAAGUUCCGCGCUCGGCCUUGUGUAUUCCUCGCAGAGAUGCUUUAUAGCUUGUACGAGCCUAUCCCAGCUACACCACUCAUACAGCCUAUCGCAGUUGUCUGUAUCUCCGAUACGCACAACACCCAAACCAAAGUCCAGGAUGGAGACAUCCUCAUCCAUGCUGGCGAUCUCACACAAUCUGGAUCCUUUCAGGAACUUCAGGAUGCGAUCACCUGGCUACGCAGCCUACCUCAUCCCACCAAAAUUGUGAUUGCUGGCAAUCACGAACUCUUACUUGAUCCAGCGCGGGAUGAUGUGUCUGGACGAGCAGCCUCCGAGCGAGCUCAAAUCGACUGGGGAGAUAUCAUCUAUCUAGAGAACGAAGAAGUAACAAUUUCUUGUCCAAAUGGUCGUCAACUUAGGGUCUACGGAAGCCCUCACUCUAUCCGCAAUGGCAACUGGGCCUUUCAAUAUCCCCGAAAUCAAGAUGUAUGGGCUGCCUCAGUACCAGACGGAAUCGAUGUGCUUAUUACCCAUGGUCCAACACUUGCUCAUCUUGACUUACUGAAGUUUGGCUGUCCUCAUUUACUGCAGACCCUAUGGAGAGUUCGGCCAAGGCUACAUGUAUUUGGCCAUAUACAUGAGGGUUCAGGAACAGACUGGAUGCUGUUCAAUGGGCUCCAGGAGACGUAUGAGCGGACUGUCGCUGCUGGAGGGGGCAUUCAAAAUCUACUGCUUACAGCUUGGGAGUUUGUUAAGGGAGUCAUGCGCCCAGCCGUGGAAGCAAAAUGUUUACUUGUGAAUCCUGCCAUCGUUGGAGGGUUGCAGGAUAAUGAACGAAGGCAGCCUAUCAAGGUUUUAUUUAAGUACUGUUACAAUCUUGCUGAAUAA